UUCUGCCGUAAGCUCUCGAGGGUGACACUCGCGCUGUUUGUUACCGCGUCGGCUCGCACUUGCUCACUCACGUCACAUUAUUAAAAGAUACGUUAGCUUAUUGUGUUUGAUAUUAACGUUCGUUUACUUUAUAGUUUUUUUUUGUAGACUUAUUGCGAAAAGCCGCUACUGUUGUGUUAACACUCAAAAUGCCAAAGUGCAAGAAAGUUGUGCGACAAGGACGUGCAAAAGUAGCAAAGAUGCUUGAAGCUCGCCUGGCUAAAAGAAAAAGACAAAAUAUUGACGUAACGCCAACCACGUCUAAACAUGCUCAACAAAAUUACGUUGAUACCAGGUUAAAAGAUAACCAAAGUGAUGCACAACCACCACUAAUGGUUAUUUUUAAUGUACAACCGAUGGAAAAAAGCAAUACUGAUUUACAAGAGGACUUUGCAGGAAACUUGACAGUAACUAAAAUCACUGAAGAAACCAAUAAAAACUUUGAAGAGGUUAAUACAAGUAACACUGCUGAAUCUUCCAAUGACAGCAAUGAAUAUUACGAAGUUGUUAUUAAAACAGAAGUAACUUCCGAUGAAGAAGCUCCCAGCACUGGUACCAAGCGGAGGACAUCUGAAUUGAACGAAGUUGACCCGCACGUGUUGGAGUGGGCAGAUAAAUUGUCCAAUCUGUCUACACAACAGAGAAUGUUGGCUACAAAAAUGAUCAGCGUUGUAUUACAUAGAGCUGAGCUUGGUAUUCUGCAUGAAGACCUACUUAAAAAUAAUGUAUAGUUAUAACUUCUGUAGAUCAUAUAGAUGAUACUUAUAUUUUACUCAUCCAAAUAUUUUUUUCAAUUUUUACAUGAUUUUCUUUAAAAUGACGUACAAUAUAUAAAAAAAACAUUCCUAGGAAGUUACAAUUUACACCAGAAAAUUUAUUUAAAUACAAAAGUAAAUUACAGAUAAUUGUAACCAAUUUUUAUGUGUAAAUUAUCGCUAUCUAAUACAUUGCAUACUCCCUGAACGUUUUUUUAAAAUUAGUUUUAUCUAAAAAAAACACGUCCUUCAGGAUCUUGUACCAUAGGAAUCUAUAUCUUAAUGUGAUAAUACUUUAUUCUCAUGGCAAUACCUACCUCAAAUACGGACUAGUAAAAAAACAAGGACUCCGUGUCACCUUACAUAACAGUGUAGCACCAAAACAAGCCGAUUAACGUGUAAAUACAUAGACCCACGCACACACACUACUACAGGCCGAUAGGCGGCAUAAUGAGAAGUGACAGAUCAGUUUGCGUCUCAAUGAAAUAUUUUUAAUCGCGUCGUGCGUUGUGAAAAAGUGUAAAAACGAUACUAUAUUUGAGGAUUUGUGGCCAUAUAUGAUUAUUUAAGGGAGAAAAAAUUGUGUAACUAGUAUCCCGCGUAACCGCACACACACUAGCAUAACGGUGCUUCACUUGCUAAUAUCACGGCGCGGAGUCCUUCUUGUUUUACUCGUCCGUGACUUCAAAGUGUAUAUUAUGCUGUUUCAUUAUCGCUAAAUUACAUUUACGAAUAUGCCUAGGUACAUAGAAUAAUAACGCUCAGAACGAUAGUUUCAUUCAUAGUUCUUGUCAAUACAGAAGUAACAUUACAAUUAAUGUGUGCGUGAGCGUCACGUACUUACACUCGCCAAC